CGUAUUGACAAACGGGCCCGGGCAAUUAUGCAAACAGGGGCAGGUUGCACACAACAUCGGAAGCAUAACCGAUAUUCGGCGCAACAAUUAACUUAAUGAAUCAGUGCUAAAACAUCUUGUUGAACUAACAAAACAGGUGAUGAGUUUAAAACAGGAUGUGAACGUUUCGUUUCGUUUUGAAGGGGUGUAAGAUUUAUGUAACGGGCCGCCGAAAUGUCGCUGUGGGCGAAAGCGCAACAACUACCACCGGAAUGCUUGCAGCAGAUACGCAACAUUUACGCCGACUAUUUUCCCAUGGAGGUCAGGCAUUACUUGGCUCAGUAUAUCGAGGAGAAGUUCUGGUUUGAGGUCGAACCGUCGCCAGACAAUCCGCAGCACGAGCAAUAUGUAACCUCACUGGUGAAUGCUCUGUUCCAGGAAAUCGAAAACAAAGCAGCUGUGGGUCAUGAUUCGGAAUAUUUCCUGAUAAAAAUGAAGCUAGCCGAGGCUGCCAAAGUUCUAAGACAGAGAUACAGUUCGAAUCCCAUGCAUCUGUUCACCUACAUCAGACAGUGUUUGCAAACCGAAAUGCGACUGGUCCAGGCCGCCAACAAUGGCGAGUGUGCCGGACUGCCCAACCUGAUGAUCUCCAACAUUGGCACGGAGGUGCAGAGGAAGAUCGCCGACCUGCGCAACAGGACACAGGAAACCGCCGAGGACUUGAGAAAGAUGGGACAGGAGGUCGAGUCGUUUGCUCUGCAGUACCAUGAGUGUACCAAAGUGAAUGCGAGCCUCCAGCAUUUGUCCAGCCAGGCGACGAAUCCGACGACCCAAGCCACAAUGCAAAAGCUACAACGACAAAAGGAGAUGUACGAGUUGGCCCUCAACACGAAAGUGGCCAACCUGAUGAACAUGAAGAUCGGUCUCAGCGACAAGCUGAAGAGCACGGUGCACAACAUCAGUCUGCUACAGACGCACAUCCUCGACGAUGAACUGAUCAGAUGGAAGCGGGAACAGCAGCUGGCCGGUAACGGGGCUCCGUUCACCAGCAAUCUGGACACCAUUCAGGAGUGGUGCGAAAAUUUGGCCGAACUGAUCUGGCUCAACAGACAACAGAUUAAGGAAAUGGACGGGCUGAAACAGAAGUUGCCGUUGGAGAUAUCCAUACCGGACGUGUUGACGCAGUUGCAGGCCGACGUAACGCAGCUGCUUUCCACUUUGGUCACGUCCACCUUUAUUAUAGAAAAGCAGCCGCCGCAAGUCAUGAAAACGAACACCAGAUUCACGGCCACCGUCAGAUUGCUGGUGGGAGGGAAGCUCAACGUUCACAUGACUCCUCCACAAGUAAAGGUGACAAUAAUUUCCGAGUCGCAGGCCAAUUUAUUGAUCAAGAACGACAAGCUGGGCAAAUGCACCGACAGCUCCGGCGAGAUCCUGAACAGCACCGGCACCAUGGAAUACCAGCCGGCCACGCGUCAGCUGUCAGUCAGCUUCCGCAACAUGCAACUCAAGAAAAUUAAGCGGGCCGAAAAGAAGGGGACCGAAAGCGUCAUGGACGAGAAGUUCAGCCUGCUGUUUCAGUCCCAAUUUUCGGUCGGCGGCGGCGAACUGAUGUUCCAGGUGUGGACCCUGAGUCUGCCGGUCGUGGUGAUUGUGCACGGCAACCAGGAGCCCCAUGCUUGGGCCACAGUAACGUGGGACAACGCUUUCAGCGAGUCAGGUCGGGUACCGUUCGCCGUUCCCGAUAAGGUGCCAUGGCCUAAGGUUGCGGAGACGUUGUCGUUGAAGUUCAAGGCGGCGACGGGUCGCCCGUUGACGGAGGACAAUCUUCGUUUCUUGGCCGAGAAGGCUUUCAGGGGCACGGUUACUGAUCCGAGUAAUGCUAUGCUCACGUGGGCGCAGUUCUGUAAGGAGCCGCUGAGUGAGCGUAACUUUACUUUUUGGGAAUGGUUCCAUGCCAUCAUGAAGCUGACCAGGGAACAUUUGAGGUCGCCUUGGGUUGAUGGGGCCAUAAUGGGCUUUGUAAGAAAGAAGCAGGCUGAAGAGAUGCUCUCCCAGAAAAUGUGCGGAACGUUUUUGUUGCGAUUCUCUGAUAGUGAGCUGGGCGGUAUAACAAUUGCUUGGGUAUCUGACACAGGCGAGGUCUUCAGCUUGCAGCCGUUCACGUCAAAAGACAUCGCCAUACGCACAUUGCCCGACAGGAUUUCGGACUUGAACUAUUUGGUGUACUUGUACCCGGACAUACCGAAGGACAUACCCUUCGGAAAAUACUACACGCCAUAUCAAGAAAACCAGCCGACGUCGAACAACGGUUACGUGAGACCACUGUUAGUGACCCACGUGCCCGGUCACACGCUAAGCGGGCCGAGCUACAACAGCACGCCCCAUCAUUACAUGUCGCCCGAUCCCACGAGAGACACGCCGUCAGUUGCGAGCAGUUACGCUGGCUCGGUGGCGACUACGGCAACGGUGGGAGGCCAGGGGAUGGAUUAUCUGGAGCAGCUCGACGAGUGUAAUAUUGAUCUAAACAAUUUAGUCAACUUUAACGAGCUGAUACAGGGUUACAGCAAGCAGUAAAACGACCGAUAUAAGCGGGACGGAAUGAGAGUUUUUGGGCAGGUCAGGUAGUUUUUUCCACUUUUUUUUAAUUGAAUUCUAACUGAGUGGUAGUUUAAUUAAGUAUGACUUGACGGUGCCAAAAUUAUUUUGGCGCUGGCCCAUGAUAUUAUUUCAGUUAGGAUUUAAGUCAAAAUUGCCUUAACGAUUUUAUUUUGUGUUGGCAGAUGCAAUUGUAAAGUGUUUUUUCUUAUGCCAUAUUUUGUUUUUAGAGUAGUUGUUUUUACUAAUUUUAACAGUUUUUUUUUUAAGAUUUUUCAUUUGUAUCUCUACAUUUUUUUGUACAUUUUAAUAUACAUAAAGUACAAAUGCAUUGUUGGUUCUUAAGUAUGUAAUGUCUAGUUGUGCAAUUAUCUGUAUAUUUUUAUCAAAUUUAAUCCCUGCGGGUGCUUGUUUUUAGAUUUUUGGUAGAUUUUUACUUGUACUCCUUACCUCUAGUGUCUUAACAAGUUUAUUUGUCAAAUAAUUAUAUAGUCCCAAAUAUAUUUUUAGAUGACUUUCUUGUUGCACAUUUUAAAAUAGAUUUUAAACAGUAGACAAUCUACAACAUAGAUAUUUUAGUAUUUAUUGAGAAUUAUGAACGAAGUAGAUGUGAUAUAUAAAAUAGUAGGUUGUACAAGACUUAUAGGAAAAGAUCGAAUUUCUUGUGUUAUAAAAACGUUACUAGAAACGUUCAAUUUUCAAUGUUAACACAAAAUGUGAAUGUUUCUAUUAAGGUUUCAUAACAGCAAUAAUUAAAAUUAAACAAAUCAAUAUUACACAAUCACCUUAGAAGCGUUACUCAUUUUACCACACGCUCACCACCUUCUUGUGCCUCUAGCUGUUGUCUUUAUCCCUGUUGUUUAAAAUAAAAUUUAUGUGAUAAAACAGUUAUAUAUUCAAAUGAGUGUAAAGUUUAGAAUGUAGUAACAGUCAAUGUGCAAUUACUGAUCUUUUUGUUUUGAUGUAAGUUUUGUUAGUUAAAAACAUCACCAGUUUUAUAGACCAUUUUUUUCAAAAAUGUACACAGAUUUACGUUAAUGUUGAGUACAAUGUUUAAAUAAUGCUUUUGGCGAUUUUUUUAACGUUCGUUAUGUACGAUUUUAAUUGAUUUUAAUAAAAGUUGACGAAAUCAA